AUGCCAGCCGGCCCCGGCGAGGCCCCCCCGGGGCCCGGGAGCGGCCCUUCACGCCGCCCCCAGGCCGAGGGUGGCGUGCCCAGGCGUGCGAGGCCCGCGGCGCCGGGGCCACGGAGGCGGAGGCGAGCGGCCCUCGCGCGCUCACGCCGCCCGGCGCGGCCGCGAGGCCCGGCAUCCGCUGCCGUGCGAGGAGCUCACCACCAACGGCACCGGCUCCUCUUUCUUCCCCCCGCCGGCGGCGCGGAGGCGAGAUGUCGGAGCUGGUGGCUCUGUGGGGCGCCGGGCGGGUGGCGCCGAGCUCGCCGGGGCCGCGCGGCGGCAGCGCCUCCGCGACGGGAGGCGGCUCGGGGGCCGUGCCGCCGAGUUGCCUCGAGGGCCGCGGGGGUUCGCUGCCCGCCAUCCGUGGCCCCGAGCUGCCUGAAGGGCCGCAGGGCUGCGAGGGAGGGCGGCUCGUGCGUGCCCGGGCCCGCGCGCGUGCGCAGGGCGGCGAGCAUGCCGGCAGGCCUGGGCGGAGGCAGCCCGCGCAGCCCCGCGGGGCCCGCGGAGUGCCCGGGCGCGUGGCCCGCGGGGCCGCCCCGCCUGCGCCGGGCCGCGAGCACCGCAGGGGAGGAGCGCAGGCGGCGGCAUGAUUCUCGGGUGAAGCGCGUCCUGUUCCUGCCGUGCCUCCUGAGCAGCACCCACGAGGUGACGCCGUACGCCCAGAAGUAUGGCGUCCACCCGAGAUUCUUUGUGUUCGAGAAGAACGGCGACAAGAGACUGACCGAUUCGGGCAUCAAGGAGGACAUCAAACGCAUCGAGCAGGGCCUGGGCCCUCUCAAGCUAGGCAGGCGGCAUGCAUCUUGA